AAAAAACAAAAAAAAACCGACACUCAGCUGCGCGGUCUUCAUUUCUGCGGACGAACUUCCGCAUCGACUAGACUAUUGCAGUAAUCAUACUCAUGAAUCGCAAAACCUAAUUUUUUUUAAUCAAAUCCUUAAUUCCUUUUCUUUGGUUAGCAUUCACCUCAAUUCGCCAAAUUCCGUUCAAAUUAAGAUUUUCGAGUGAUAAUUCUGAGGUAAUUUCACUAAAAUCAAAUAUUUUCGCUCAAGUUACUUCCAGAUUACAAGCAAUUUCUCCAUAGUUUUCGUACAAUGGCGGUGGUAUCCGAAGUUGAAGAGCAGAAUCCUACGCUUCCGACGAAUAAGAAAGAGCUUUCUGAUGAUGAUAAAAGAAAGAAAAAGAAUCUAGUGCCUGGGGGAUUGUUGAAAGCUGAGAUGAGACCUGGUGGUGGAGAUUCUAGACCUUCUGAUGGUGAUCAGGUAAUCUACCAUUGCACAGUGCGUACAUUGGACGGAGUUGUUGUCCGAUCCACCAGAAAGGAAUUUGGAGGUACGGGAACUCCUGCAAGGCAAAUUUUGGGUAAAAGCAAGUUGCUUCUGGGAUUGCUUGAAGGAAUACCUACAAUGCAGAAGGGUGAAAUUUCCAUGUUCAAGAUGAAAUCUGGGAUGCAUUAUGGUGAGCCUGAUUGUCCAGUUCCAGUGUCAGACAACUUCCCAAAGGAUGCCGAUCUUCACUUUGAGAUUGAGCUCAUUGAUUUUGGCAAAGCCAAGGUUAUUUCUGAAGAUCUGGGAGUUGUGAAAAAGGUCAUCAAAGAUGGACAAGGGUGGGAGUCACCUAGGGCUCCUUAUGAAGUAAAAGCUUGGAUAUCUGCUAAAACAACUGAUGGUAGGUUGAUUUGGAAUCAUACAGAGGGAGAUCCGUUUUUCUUUACUUUUGGUAACUCAGAGUUGCCUAAAGGUCUUGAGAUGGGAAUAGGAACAAUGACAAGGAGGGAGAAGGCCAUGAUCUAUGUAAAAAAUCAGUACUUGACUGAAUGUCCAGUCCUUCCUGAAGCAAUAGGUCUGGAAGAAGUUCACUUUGAAGUCGAACUUGUUCACUUUGUCCAGGUCCGUGAUGUGCUUGGCGAUGGACGCCUCAUCAAACGACGGAUCCGUGAUGGAGAAGGGGAAUUUCCCAUGGACUGCCCACUUCAGGACAGUCAACUGUGUGUCCAUUACAAGGGAAUGAUUUUGGAUGACAAGAAGACAGUCUUCUGUGAUACAAGAAUUGAUAACGAUGGCCAGCCACUAGAAUUCUGUUCCGGAGAAGGGCUUGUACCGGAGGGCUUUGAAAUGUCUGUUCGAUUAAUGUUGCCCGGAGAGAUAGCUCUUGUUACAUGUCCACCUGAUUAUGCAUAUGACAAGUUUCCGAGGCCAGAUAAUGUUCCUGAAGGGACAUAUGUAGAGUGGGAAAUUGAACUGCUUGGUUUUGAGAUGCCGAAGGACUGGACUGGUUUAGAUUUCAAAAGCAUUAUGGCCGAGGCAGAGAAUAUUAGAUGCACGGGUAACAGGCUUUUCAAGGAAGGGAAGUAUGGAUUGGCAAAAGCCAAGUAUGAGAAGGUGCUUAGGGACUUCAAUCAUGUUAAUCCCCAGGAUGACGAAGAAGGGAAAGAGUUUCUGAUUGCAAGAAAUAUGUUACAUUUAAAUGUUGCUGCCUGCUAUCUGAAAAUGGGGGAGUGCAGAAAGUCCAUUGAAACAUGUGACAAGGUAUUGGAUGCCAACCCUGUCCAUGUCAAAGCUAUAUAUCGCCGUGGAAUGGCCUAUAUGGAACUUGGAGAAUUUGAGGAGGCAAAAAAUAAUUUUGAAAAGAUGAUGAAGUUUGAUAAAUCAUCUGAACCUGAUGCUAAAGCAGCCUUACAAAAACUGAAGCAAAGAGAACAGGAAGACGCAAGGAAAGCUAAGAAGCAAUUUAAAGGCUUGUUUGACAAACGACCAGGUGAGAUUGCAGAUGUUAGCACAGAAAGGGCCGAGCAAAUGGCAGACGGGAACACUUGUGAGAACAAUGAUGAUGAAGAUUCAAUUAAAGAAAAUGUAGAAGAAAUAACAGUAGCACCACCUAAAAGGCGUCUUGGGUUAAUUGUCGGGUUAAUUUGUAUUUUGAUCUUUCUCGGUUUUUUCAUAAUGUUCCUCAUUUACGGUGAAGAGCUGCUCGGAAUAUCUUCUCCACCGGAUGUUAUGCCGCUACUUGACAUUGAUGAUGAACUGUAGACAAUUUCUGGCAAAGGCUUGAAGAUUCUGAGGUAGGAUAGUUGUGCUCUAGUCUAAGUAGAUUUAUUCAAGUGAACUUAUCAUUGUCAAUGUGAAAAAGACAGACAUCAGAGAUUGAAGAGGAAAAUAUACAAGGGUAUUUUCACUAAUUGUAUGUUUUGUUGAUCAAUUGUUGGCCAAUAAAUGACAUUUAAGGAGGAUUUCGACAAUAAAAUCAAUUGACCA